UAUCAUACAAUUUUUUAACAGAUGAUAUACGAUAUUGUGUCAAAACAGAAUCCAUGAAUAUCCAAGAUCAUAAAGUAUGAUUUUCAUUUAAUAUGAUAAAGGUGGUCUCAUAAAGGUGAAGUCUCAUAAGGGUGAUGUCUCGUCUCGGUGAGCUUUGUAAUCUGUGAUUACCUAUGUUUGAAGAUGUUGUGUUGAACUCAUCAGAUUUUCUCUGAGUGGCUAGAGAAUCUGAUUUUCAUAUGGGUUUUGUAUUUUAGCUUAAUUGGCUUACCAUAACCUAUUCAAGGUAUGAAGAGUGUGGAAUCAAAAUUAUCACAAAGAUUAUACUUUCCAGUGAACUGAUGUUUCAGCAAAUGUGGAGAAAAAAGUCUCUCCUGAUUUGUUAUGUCUGGACAUAAUUCUUAUCCACAGACACAAACUUUGUCCUUUCUUGACCUUAUUUGCCUGUGCAUUGUGAUUUUAAUAAUGUAAAAUGCAUGUGAAAAAAAAUUAUCUGGAUGAAAUUCAGAAAAAUAAAAACCAUAUGCAAGAGUGUAUAUUAUGAGACACAACAUGAAAUGUGGGUUAUAACGUAAAAACAUCAAGCAUAUGUUAAAAAGAUCUAUGGAAGGAGGUGUUGGAUUGCUUGCAUCAAUUAUAAAUACUUCUAUUCGAUGGAAGAUGCAUAUGCUUUGGUAGAAAGUUUGUAUAUUAGAGAUCUAUAUAUGUGCACAGUCAUGCCAUAGAAAAGGGACAAUUUCACAUACAAUUGGUCGGAUUUCUAGUAAUUCACUUAUCCAUCUUUUAAUUAAAGGUGUAGCCUCCUCCUAGUUGAUUGUGUUGUAAAUAGAUUCUGCCUUAAAGAUCAUUAGUUAGAAGGCUUAAGAAGGAAAAGCAAAGAGAACUUGAUUGAAUUAAAACACUCGGUGCACGGGUUUAAAUAUCUGACGUUUUGUUUUUUUGGCACUGAGGUGCACGGACUUUGUUCACAGUGCCACAAGUCUGCGUAGGAUCUGUGCCAGCUCUCGCUCUUAUUUACCCUAGUUCUGUGUGGAUGGAACAGGAGUGGAACCAUUCAGUGGUAUUAAAGGGAGUAGUACCUAUAGUACUGAAAACUAAGUCUCACUGAAGGAAGAGUAAAGUAGUGUCAAGAAGAUUUGUUAUGAAAUGACAUGUAGGAAGUCACAAUGUACAUGUGCAUUCAAAAAUAGUGAAGAAAUAUUGAAGAAUUCAGACUAGAAAACCUAUAGUUCUUAUUCUAAUGGAAUAUACUUUGGAAAGUCACACUGCUGGAAGUGUAUAUAUUAUAUGUUGUUUUGUUGAUGUACUUGAAUAUAUGACAUAACAAGGGAAGUAACUUUGUAAAAAUAGUGAAGAAAAUUUAAAUUGUUUAAGUGCCUUGGAAAGUUUCCAAGCAGGAAGCAUAUAACAAAAGUGUACUCAUACCUGUUGUUAAUUUUGUUUGGAUUUUAAAAUAUUGCAACAAAGAUCACUUCAGCUGUUCACAGUGAAUCCGGAUUUGAAUUGUUUGGAAUACAAUGGAGGACAGUGAGACACUGCACUGGUUUCACAGUCUGUGUUCUCCCUAUGCCCUUGUUACGUCAACAUCAGGGUCUCCCAAACAAUUCCACAGUCACAGGAGGCGGGCACCAUUCAGAUUCAUUUUAUUUAUCGUGAUGUGUGGAAUUUAAAAGGCCGUUCUAUCAGGAUUUGUGGUUUUUGGAAAAAAAUUAUUGUUAUCUUGAGGCUUGUUAAAUAAAGAUUUGAUUGCACUGAAUGCAUGUGUUCAAGGCAAAUGUUAUGCAAUUCAAUUACCAGUACUUGGAAUACCUGAAUGAGAACAAUUGUUGGAUAUAAUUCAUCACUUGGCCUGAUUUGACAUGUUUGAGGUUUAAAUCAGAUCUAAAGGAAGAAAACAGAAAUUGGCUCUCAGAUCUAUCAUAUGGAUGGAUUCUGCACGUUUUGUAAUCAAGACGGAGUAGGAUCAGUUUUUAUCCAACAGUAGGAGAACUCUGUAAUGCAGGAAUCUAUACUUUAGAAAGUUACAAAUGAGGCAACACCGACUGCAUUGACAACAUGAUAAUCUGUGCUUUAGUGACAUCAUGCACUUUGUCUGUCUGUCUGUCAUUGUAAGGAUAAACAGAUUGAUGGAAUAAUGGAUGACCUUAGAUCUGGAGUCCAUGUACUAUCAUGGGUACCACUGGAUGACAGUGGGUACUACCCGACUAGUAUGGUGGAAGAGCCAUCAGAUUCGGAGGACUUGGAAGUGGAGAAAGAAAUGGCACCAUCUGGUGACAAGGGGAAGGCUCCGAUCAGCCGAUUUUCUCGGGACACAUGGCGACAGUCCCUGGGCAACCGUCCUGACAUGUAUAAAUGGCUGGAGGCUCAGGAGAGGCAGCAGGAGCGGAUGGAAGGACCCAUACAUCCGAUGGAGAGACGUGAACCAGUGGGUGGAGUCAGUACAGAACCAGGGACCGACUCAAGAGUGGACCACCACACACACAGUGGCAUUUUGAUCCACCUGCCUAAUGACGGUGGUCCCCUUGGGAUCCAUGUGGUGCCAGACUACGACGACUCGGGAAAAGAACUCGGGCUUCUGGUGCAAGGUGUAGAGGAAGGAGGGAGGGUGUUUAAAGAUGGCAGACUACGAGAAAAUGACCGCAUCAUUGAUAUCAACGGACAGACACUCAUGGGAGUCACAUUCUCCAAAGCUCAAGACAUUUUCCGCUCAGCCAUGAAAGACAACAACAUAAGACUGAGAAUCAUCAAAAAACAAGCCCCUCCCCCUCUUCCCAAACAGCCCCCACCCCCCAUAAUGCCAAAACCCAAGAACCACACCCCAGCUAAACCCUCUCCCCUUACCCUGCCCCCACCACGGUUGAAUGAAUCAGACCUGUCCAGUCCGACCGGUCCAGAACAGACCAGUACCCCCAUAGUGUCUGUACAGAACAGUAGCAGUAGCAGUAUAGAAGGAAUUAUCCCGUCCCCCAUUAAGCCAGUCAUACCUGCCAAACCAACCUCACCCACAAAGAAGGUCCCCCCUGCCAUCCCGACCCGGAAUCCAGACACGACUCUAUCAACGGGCAAUGCGACCAAGGAACGCAAUAAACUGGUGGCCCCCACCAACACCAAGAAAAUUGGCAAGAAGAUGGAGAUCACAUUAGUCAAAGGUCCAGUUAGCCUCGGUUUUAGUGUGACCACCAGGGAUAACCCGGCAGGAGGGGAUUCCCCGAUCUAUAUUAAGAACAUCUUGCCCAGAGGUGCAGCCAUCACAGACGGCAGGUUGAAGGCGGGAGACCGACUGCUGGAGGUUAACGGAGAGGACCUGACCGGUAAGACCCAGGCUGACGUGGUAUCCCUGCUCCGGAACGCUCCCAUGGGAAGCUCCGUUCGAUUGGUCAUCUCCAGGCAGGAAGUGAUUGAUGAGAAGUUCCAGGUGCCAAGAGAGCUGCGAGACAAUUCCGUCUCAGAAACCCGUCCUGUCUUACAGCCGCCAGAAAAAACUGGGGACACCGACGGACUGCUGACGGCCAAUCGGAACAAGGAGAUCCUUCGCCUGGACAUUCCCCUGUCUGAGUCAGGCUCAGCUGGCCUGGGGGUCAGUGUCAAGGGCAAAACUAUGACAACUGACAGAGGCACGCGGGACCUGGGAAUUUUUGUCAAAUCUGUGAUUCAUGGAGGGGCAGCUAGCAAGGACGGACGUCUGGCGGUCAAUGACCAGCUGAUUGAGGUCAACAGUGAGAAGCUGAUGGGGCUGUCCAACACAGACGCCAUGGAGAUGUUACGCCGCGCGAUGCAGCUGGACGGUCCCAUUCCAGGACACAUCCACCUGGUGGUCGCCCGUAAAAUUGGGGCACCCUCCCCCUCCCCCUUCACUCAGGAAGCCUCCCCUGAUGCUUUUGUGUUUGGUGCUAAUAAUAGAAUGGUUCGCGAGACCGACCAUGCAAAACAUUCUCUUAUGAAGGAUGCUGAUAUGGUUGAAUCACCCCGACUGGACUACAUGGACGGGGGUUCCGGGAAGGCGAGGAAUUUCUUGAUAGAUCGCCUGACUAACGGGGGACUACGGAACGAAUCCUACACCAAGGCGACUCGAGACGAGUUGGAUGAUAGUGCUAUGUCACAUGACCAGGACGAUGGAUUCCGUAAUCAGUCCUACAAUCUAGCCCUGCGGGGCAGUGGCAAUAUCUUGUCUCCGGGGACUUCGCCAUUUAAACCCAUGCAGAAAAGUACCCCCUUUGUGGACCCCAAUGUCAUGAUUGAGAAUGAUGACGAGGAGAUGGAGAGCCGCCAGAGGAUGCGGCCCCACUCCACCAUCGGCUUUCUCCAUCACAACCACUCUAACAGCUCAAGCUCCGAGGACCUGAACCAGCAGCCUGUGUGGCUCCAAGGUGGAGACUGGGGACCCCCGGGGAGUCCAGGGGGAGAGGCGUUGUCCCCAACAAGUCCUCUAGGAGAGUUCAAGCGCGAAGGCUUUGGUCGACAGAGCAUGUCCGAAAAACGAAAAGGUCAUAUUGAUCCAAGUCGCAGUGAGGUUUAUCAACGUGUCAAAUCAAGUCGGCAACGAGGAUUUGGAGAGGGUCGAAGAGCGGCAUCUUUUCAUGUCACCGGUGGCGCCAUGGGAAGUCUGAAGCGAGUCGGAUCAGCGGAAUCUCUCCUGAGUCGGAACUCUAGGAAUCGCCCCCGGGCGUCUCGGUUACCCCCCUUACCCGUGCAUGGCCAGCGCAUUACUGACCGGCGGGCAGUAGAGCCUCCACAGUCCAACCUCAAGCGAUUCAGCUCCCUGGAGAAUCUGGCCCAGAUGACCCCUGGGGACACAGACGAGAGUCGGGAAAGCUUGAACGCAUCUCAGGAGAGCCAUGAUGACUCACAGAGGGGCGGAGUCAAGCUGGGCCGGGGGCGGGGCUGUAAUCUUAGUUUCCGGGCCGCCGUGGACCGAUCGUACGACCCAGUGCCUCAGGAACUCAGUACCAUGGAUCCGCAAGUCCAAAAUGAGAAUCAGGAAGGAAUUCUGGAAUCCAGUGGUGGCUUCACUGUAGGAGAACAUGUGGAGGAGGAGAGCAGUGAGGGAGGGUCCGUAACACAGGCGGCCAUCAAUAACUCCGGACAUUCCUCCAUGAGCAGCGAGGCAGAGGAGGCCAAAAAAUCCAAGAAGAAACAGACCAAGGAGAAAAAAGGGCCGGGCGGCAUAUUUAAAGGCUUGCUGAGGAGAAGCAACAAGAACAAACGAGACGAGACUAAAGCUGAGGAGACAGACAGACAGGCAGAGCCUGUAGAGAAAGGUCAUGACAGAAUUCAUGAGCAAGUCCGACAGUUACAGGAUCAAAAAUCCAAUGCAGAGUUCAUGAAGCUUGAGCAGAAAUACUCUGAUGGUGCUCCUCAAUUCUCUCUCCACUCGCCUCAAAUCCAGGGCAGUUCCAUAAUCACGGAGGAUCACUCCCAAACCUCAAAUAAUUCAUCCUCACGCUUCACUGAUCACUCCUCACACUACACAGAAAGCUCAUCAAGGUUGACGGAUAAAAAUCCCUCGUCUUACAACGACUACCAGUCACAGUUUGCCGGCCACCCCCAACCGUCUAGAUCCAUCGUGGAUCCAGAAUCCAUGUCUCGUGCAGAGUGGAUCCAGCAUCUGAGGCGUGAACACCAGCGUCGGCAUCAGGAGAGGGAGGGGCAUUAUCCCCUCGAUGACCGGGAGGAGAGAUACGAGAAGGAGAUCCAGGCGGAAGAGACCAUGGUAGGGACUCCUUGGCAAGAUGCCAGGGACUUAGCUUGGCAGAAUGCCAGGCACAGCGCUAACCAGCGGUAUGGGAAAAGUGCAAUACCAGAAAACAUCCUGUAUCCACAUCAUCCACCCAGCUCUGUUGUCCCUGACAACAGUUACCUUGGAUACCAGGGAAACAGGACACAAAGCACGGGACAUUCCUAUCCUGAGAGACCACACAGCAGACCAGCCUAUCAGGAGCCAUCAUCCUAUCACCAUAACUACCAUUACCAUGACAACAUCAUUCAUCAACGUCAGCGUAGUAAUGAGUACAUUCCUCCGCGCCAGCAGGCCAUCGAACACUUCCAGCACCACAGACAGAACAGUGAUCUAUCGGAGCAGCACACCCAGGAAUUCUACUCCCGACGCCCCCCUCUACAGCCCCGCCCCUACACCCCCAAGGAACACUGGCAGAACACAGAGAGUGCCCCAGCAAUGAUGAAACAUUACCCCCAUCCCCAGGCUCCUCCUGGCCCGGGACCCCAGUAUGGGGACCCCAUCUUUGCUUACAGGGACCCCAUCUAUCCUUCCAUGGCGGGUAAACGUUCUGUACAGUCUCUGUCCUCACAGCCUGGUUCAGCCAAAGUCUGACACCCCACCCCCCAAAUAACUGGGACUUUGAUUAACUCAUUGGACCCUGUGGUUGUGCGGUUUGUUCUUGGUGUUGAUACAGAACAUGGUUGUGUCAUGAAGACAACAGUGUUUGUUCUGUUUGAAGACAAAAAAUAUAUGUUUUAUAAGAGGAAUGGCUGAAGACAACAGUGAAGUGUUCGGGAGAUAUGCUAGUACUGUUUUUGGAUGAUGUGAAAGAAGCUCUCCAGUGUUGUGAUAAAUUAUAUAUUUGUCUACUGCCAGAAAUCCAUGGAGCUGCCCAGAUCCAUCAAAUCUUUUCUCUUUUUUGCGGAGAUUAUGAAAUCAAGGCAUUGAGAUUCUCUUCUUUGUUAUGGAUGACUGAACGGCAAGGGGGUGGUUAUGCUGCUACAGAAAAGCAGCAUAGCCUCAAGGAUUAUAUGAAUAUUCGACAGCAGCCAUACGAUUCAUACAACUGUGUGUCUGCUUGAUAUGUUUAAUGAACAUGCUUCAUCCUCAUUUCAUUCAUAUUCCUGCUUAUUCAGACAAGGAUACCACAAAGAGUUACAAGCACCGUAUGUGAUAAUUACCAUAUUUAUCAUUUACAUGUGGACCACAACAAAGAGCCAGAUUAUUAUGCAGAUGUCAUACAAUCACUUCAUGUUUAUGCAGAUUUUAUGCUAAUUUAUUCAAGAUAUGCAAAUAACUUCCAAUUAUUUUUAGCAUAUGCAUAUGAGGGUACAAAUAUCAUUACAUAAUUUGCCAGAUAUUCAGAAAUUUGUUUAAUUUAUCAUAAAAGAAAUGAAUUAUUUUAUAACUAUACUCUUAUUAGACAGAAAAUGAAUUUCAAGAGCUUAUGUUGGUGUCUUUUUAUUAAUAUUCAUGAGUGUGCAAAUAAUAUUGUUUACAUUAAACAUUCCGCAUUCAAGUUAUAUAUGUUAUUAUAAGUAGGUAUGAUUAUUUUAUCUAUAUUUUUAUAUGCAUUCUUUUUACUACGAGGAUAACUUUUCUAAGUCUACAGAACAUUCAAACACUAGGAAAAGUUUUAGAUUUUAUUUAGGGAAGUUCAGUAGGAUAAAGAAAAUUAUCCAAAAUUGUAUUUUAUUUUUUAACAACAUUUAGUAUUGUACUCUAGGAUUAAUUUUAAGACUUUGUCUCAAUAAAGGAAAUCAAGUUGCUUUAAAAUUUAAGUUGUUAGAAAUCUAGGAGAAUCUAGGUACUACAUAGUUGCAGUGGUGAUAUUGCAUCAUUUACUUGUGUAGAAUUAAAAAGUAUCAAUAAGGUAUAAUUCAGUAGAAUUUUUUUAACAAAAAUUUUUACAUGGAAACACUCUUGUUGGUUGUGACCCAUUAUAAACUGGAUGUACGUCUGGUUUCUUAGGCAAUAUGAUGGAUGAUGCUGGUUUCUUGCUUCCUUUUUGGGUCUUCUAUCAAUACAUAACAGGCUUGUUUUGAAACGGUGUGAUAUCAAGUAAAGUUAACUAAUAAUUAUGUUUUAUAGGGUAAUGUUUCAAGACAGAUAAAGGACUCUCUUUGCCAAUGCAUUAUUUCCAUGAAUAAAAACGUUUGAGAUUUUUAGUGUUCUAAACGCACUCUUUGUCUAUAUCUUUCUAUAUCUAUAUCAAUUAUUGAGGGGCCAUGUCUAAUUUACAGUAUCAUUUUGUCAAUGUUAAACCUUUGUAUAUAUAUAAAGAUAAGUGGCAAUGAAAUCCACUGUUUUAUAUGUCAUCAAAUUGUUGCCUUAAAACUAUUAAAUAAAAAGUACGAAACCAUAA